UGACUUACCUUUUCUGCUGCAGCACUUGGUCGAGGGCUUCCUGUCUGUCUUGCAGCAGUCGCUGGAGGUGCCUUAUCUCUUUCUGGUCCUGAGCAGCCUUCACAGCAAAUUCCUUUUCCUGUUUUGUCACUUUGAGGGGGAAAUCUUUGAUCUUCUCAGUAGCUGUGUUCUUAUAUCUCUGGGAGAGCUGGACCAAAGGACAGUGCAGAGCCGUUUCUGGGAAUCCGUUGAAUGGACAGGCUAUAAUCCAUGGGAAAGAUGGUUCUCUCCAUGUGUGGCUUCCUCCUGAAACCAUGGGUGCUUUGCUUUAAAAGAACAAAUCGGUGUGCCUAAUUUAAAGAUGAAUUAUCCUCAGACAGAGGGAGAAGAAAAAGUACUGAACGAUGAGCUGGAAUGUAAAAUCUGUUAUCAGAAGUUUAACGUUCACGGCCGGAAACCCAAGAUUCUGGAUUGCCUCCACAGGGUGUGUGCUAAAUGCCUGACAAAAAUCCUCCACCUGGGAGAUGGCUCCCUAUGCAUCAGCUGCCCUUUCUGCCGCCAUGAGACCGAACUGCAGGAAGAGGAAGUGGAAGGGCUUCCCAAUGAUACAAACGUUAUGUCCAAACUUGUGGCCAAGGAAAAAACAGCAUGGAGCUCAGACUGCAAAGAAGUGGUUUUGACGCCCAAGAACCUGGCUUCUCCAAGUCCUUCUCAUGGGUCCUCAAACUGCCUGGUGAUAACCAUCAUGGAAGUGCAGAGAGAUUCCAUGAGGACUCCCAACCAAAACACUCUGUCGGAUUACUACACAGACCACAGCCUUGAUUCGGCAUCUGUAAACUCUCACAGCCACCUCGAUCAAGACAUUUUCUCUAAACUCUGUAAUCACGUCCCUAGAAUACUAGUGUGGCUGCUAGGGGUCUUCUACUUUGGCUCUUUGCCUCUUGGAAUCUAUUUGUUGGUGAUUCAGAAAGUGACCCUUGGGAUUGUCUGUGUUAGUCUUGUUCCAUCCAGUCUAACAGUGUGUCUCGUGUAUGGCUUUUGUCAGUGCCUCUGCCAAGGAAUGUGUGACUGCUCCUCUAGAAACUGACACUUUAAAACCAGAAUUUUGGAUAUUGUUAACUACCUAUCUUCAAAACUAUGGGCUAUUAAAACAUCAUGGUGUGAUUUUUUUAAAAAA